CCCCCCCCCCCCAACCUCCAGAGACCCCGGCGAUGGGCACGAGUAUCCCGUUUCUGGGACAAGCGCCUGUUUCCCCCACUCAUUCCUUCCUUUGAGCUCUCCUUCCCAGACUCAGUGGCUCGGGCCUCCGAUGUGUUCCCAGGUGGCCCCGGCCGGAGGAUGCUGCUGGCAACAAUGUUGGCGAGUGGCCCCUGGCGGCCCCUGCUCCGGCGUCUCCCCUCGCCCACUCUUCGCUUCCACUCUACCUCAGCUACCGACGUGCACCAUGCGGAGUUGGCCCGGGAACGAUCCAAGACCGUAACCUCCUUCUACAACCAGUCGGCCAUUGACGUUGCAGCCGAGAAGGCCUCAGUCCGACUCACCCCGACAACAAUGCUGUAUUCUGGGCGAUCACAGGAUGGCAGCCAUCUGCUGAAAAGUGCCCGAUACCUCCACCACGAGCUCCCCGUCCGCAUUGCUCACCGGAUCAAGGGUUUUCGGAGUUUGCCGUUCAUCAUCGGAUGCAACCCCACCAUUCUCCAUGUGCAUGAACUCUACAUCCGGGCCUUCCAGAAGCUCAGUGAUUUUGCCCCGAUCAAGGAUCAGGCGGCUGAGGCUCAGUACUGUCAGCUAGUGCGCCAGCUCUUGGAUGACCACAAGGAUGUGGUGACUCUGCUGGCCGAAGGGCUGCGGGAAUGCCGAAAGCACAUCCAGGAUGAGAAGCUGGUCCGAUAUUUCCUGGAUAAAACUCUGACCUCGCGGCUCGGAAUUCGAAUGCUGGCAACUCACCACCUGGCCCUCCAUGAAGACAAGCCGGACUUCGUCGGCAUCAUCUGCACCCGCCUCUCCCCAAAGAAGAUUAUUGAGAAGUGGGUGGAUUUUGCCAGGCGCCUGUGUGAGCACAAGUACGGGAAUGCCCCGCGGGUCCGGAUCAACGGGCACGUGGCCGCGCGGUUCCCGUUCAUCCCGAUGCCGCUGGAUUACAUCCUUCCCGAGCUGCUGAAGAAUGCAAUGAGGGCGACGAUGGAAAGCCACCUAGACACUCCCUACAACGUCCCCGAUAUCGUCAUCACCAUCGCGAACAAUGACGUUGACCUGAUCAUAAGGAUCUCGGACCGGGGUGGGGGCAUCCCCCACGCCCACCUGGAGAAAGUCAUGGAUUACCACUUCACCACGGCGGAGGCCAGUGCCCAGGACCCCCGGAUCAGCCCUCUCUUUGGCCACAUGGACACGAACAGCAAUGGCCAGACGGGCCCCAUGCACGGCUUUGGCUUCGGCCUGCCCACGUCCCGGGCCUAUGCGGAGUAUCUGGGCGGCUCCCUGAGGAUCCAGUCCCUCCAGGGCAUCGGGACGGAUGUUUACCUCCGGCUCCGACACAUCGACGGGAAGGAGGAAAGUUUCCGGAUCUGAGGUCCCGGAUCCUUGCGGAGCUUCUCCCUCCGGCCUCCGGCCCCGGGGCCUUGAGGGCUCGCUGGACUCCUCCGGAUCCCUCCUUCCCCGCCCAAAUCUUCCCUGGGGCUCGGGGGGAACACCCCGCUCCCCUCCACAGUGCGUACCCACAAUACACACACACACCCCCUCUUCUCCCCUUCCCGGAUCUCUUCUCCAGGGUCCUCACGUGACCCUGGACCUAACGCUCUCUCAUCCCUCCAAGAUUGGCCGGACACUUUUCCUUCUCCACCUGCCCCAGCCCUGGUGUCCUCAAGAGCCAUGGCUAACAGGUCCACUGGCCACUUGUGACCCGUGGAAACCCCUCGGCCCUCCACCUUAGUUAACCUUCUACUUCCACCAAUGCCCCUGUCCUUCACAACCACCACCUCCCGUAAACACACCAGCCUGGGCACUGCCCUCUGGGUACUCAGGCACCCUCCCCUGCUUCUCCUGACCCCCUCCCUCUCCCACCCGGGAGAGUCUGGGGUUGGAAAGGGUGACACCGGCUCCGUUCCCCACCCCUUCCCACCCCCCCGCCAUCUCUCAGGCUUGUCCAUUCCCAAGCGGGGGCCGGGAGAGCAGGGUCCUCUCAGCCACCGCCUUUCAGGUUUGCAUUUCCGUUCGAGGGCUGGGGCUCCGGCUCCACCCUUGUUACUAUGGGGGGGGCCGCCCCCAUACCUCUUGCUCGGUUGAUUAAAGUGCACAUUUCGAAAGCCC